CAGCCAGCCAGCCCACCGGCUUCUGGAAGCUUGUCCGCGCCCGGGAGCGAAGUUAAAGAGGGCGCGAAGUUUCCCGCAACUUUCUCUCACCCCGCGCCGGGAACAUGGCCACCGGGGGCUACCGGGCCAGCGGCGUCAGCACCACCACAGACUUCCUGGAGGAGUGGAAAGCCAAGCGGGAGAAGAUGCGGGCGAAGCAGGCGCCGAGUACUACAGCGGCGGCCGGGGGGCUGGCGACGGCCGCAGGGGAUUGCAAAGCCCCCGGGGCCGCCGCCGCCGCCGCCAAUACUACUGCUACUACUACAACUACUACUGCUAGCACCGCCACCGCCGAAGUCAACAACAACGGCAGCGGCGCCGGCACGAACUGCGUCCCUGUGGGCAGGAGCGCGCCCAAGGAGCCCCAGCCGAGCACCCCGGCAGCCGGAGCCCGAGCAGGAGUGGCGGAGCCGGGGCCCAAAGGCGUCGUGGCACCGGGCUCCCCUGAGGAGGAGAAAGUGGCGGCCAAGGGCAAGGGCUCGUCGUCCGGCCCCAGCGCCCGGAAAGGGAAAGGGCAGAUCGAGAAGAGGAAGCUGAGGGAGAAGAGGCGCUCGACAGGUGUGGUGAACAUCCCCACUGCGGAGAGCUUGGACGAAUAUGAGGAUGAUGAAGCAGGACAAAAGGAGCGUAAAAGGGAAGAUGCAAUCACACAACAGAACACAGCGCAGAAUGAAUCAGCCAGUGCAGACCCAAGUGCCUCAUACAUAUUACAGGAUACCUCUAGGACAAUUUCAAACAGAUACAAAAGCACAACAAACACACCAGAUGAUGUUUCUAGUAGAUAUUCACGAGCAGCAGACAGAACAGGAUAUAACAGAUAUAGCAGGGAUGCAAAUUCUUCUGGAAACAUUUUACCAAAUAAUUCUUUGGAAAAGAAGGUUGAAGAUCUUGAAAAGGAGCUAGCAAAGGAGAGACAAGAAAACAUCAGGCUUGUGAGGAUAACACAAGACAAAGAGGAGUUAAUUGGGAAACUGAAGGAGGAAAUUGAUUUAUUAAACAGGGACCUAGAUGAUAUAGAAGAUGAAAACGAGCAAUUAAAGCAGGAAAAUAAGACACUCUUAAAAGUUGUUGGACAGCUGACAAGGUAGAAGUUGAAAGACUCAAAGAGGAAUGAAAUAUGAAAACUACUGAUUGAAUGUUUCAAGAUCAAGGCUACAAUAUGUCUUUGCUGCAAUGUGUCAGAACAACUGUCUUUCUAUUUAUUAUUAUUGAGGGGAGUAGAAUGAAUGUUUUGCAUAAUACUCUUCCUUCAAUGAAAUAGAUUCAAACUUUUGUGAAUACUUCUACACUCACUCCCUUGCAUUUCCCAAGUUAAUUAAUUCAAACACAGACAUCUCAAAUGUCAUGUUCUUGAUUGUUCCGUAUGUCUUUAUUUUGAAUGUGUAUUAUCCAGCUUUUAAGAGCAUUUGAUUGCCAAGAUUGAAUUUUGGUCUAUACAAACAUCACUUUUUUGUCUUUGCCACCCUAAAUGAGUGGAAGUAAUUGGAGUAAACUUUGUUUACACAGAUUUAAAAUAUAUAUUUUGCUACUUGUAAAGUGUGGGUGCCUUACUACAGUACUGAUGUGAAACAUUUUACAGCUGUGUUACUUAUUCUACAAAGAAUCCUGUAUUUUGUGAUUUUAUUUUGUACUAUAUCUGAAAUACUGACAAUGGUAUAUAGUAUCUCCCACCCCCUGUAUAGCUGCUUUGUGGCAGAAAAAAAUGUUUUAUAAAUCAUCAAUCACCAAUCGUUAUCAAAGCUAGUAGUCUUUAGGAAAAUGUCUGUGUCAUGUAUUAUAGGUUAAUCACAAUGCUUGCGUGUCCACAG